UUAUUAUUUAUAAUGUACUUGUUUGCAGGCAGGAAAAUGUCUCGUUAUCGUGAAUGGGAUCUAUCCUGCAAGGUUUACGUUGGGAAUCUGGGUAGCAGCGCUAGUAAACAUGAGAUUGAGAGUGCAUUUAGUAAGUAUGGUCCAUUGAGAAAUGUGUGGGUAGCCAGAAACCCUCCUGGCUUUGCGUUUGUGGAAUUUGAAGAUCCGCGAGAUGCUGAAGAUGCAGUGAGAGGCCUAGACGGAACACGGUGCUGUGGUACUAGAGUGAGAGUUGAGAUGUCCUCUGGAAGAAGUCGCCGUGGUGGCGGUGGUCGCAGGCCAGGUCCUCGAUAUUCCAGGUCCAGGUCGCGCAGCCCCCGUAGGAAAUCCCUUGGUCGUUACCCGAGAUCCUGCUCGAGAAGUCCCCGGAGAUCAUCGAUUAGCCGCUAUUCCAGAUUCUACCAGCGUCAGCUCCUAGCUCUGCUCGUCUCCCCGCCACUACUACUACUACUACUACUACUACUUCUACUACUACUACUGCUACUACUACUUCUACAGCCGCCGUGAAAAAAAGCGUAUGCGUACGCGAACGAAAAAAACAAAGCGAAUCAGUCAGUCUCGCAAUCGUCAAUCGAACCAAACUGAACAAAAAAAAUAUGCCUGCCUGCCCACUAACUUCCCAACCAAGUCACCAUCAGUCACCACCAAGUCACCGAAUAUAUAGGAAGCCGUCCGUACGUCUGUCACGUCACGUCACGUCACGUCACGUCGCUCGUCGAUGUUGUGCGUUUGUGGGUGUUGCGACGUGCACACAGCACCCAACGGGCGCAACAACCGAAAACCAACAGUUUCCGUGCGCCGUCGCCGCUGCCGGAGUACCGCCAGUGCCCGAGACUGCUACCUUCGGAAAAAAGAAAAAGAGCCAAAAAACAUUGCUUUUUUGUUGUUGUCCCCCUCCUCCCCGUCCGCCGUCGUUGCACCGCCAAAAAACGGUCUUGAACCGAAAAAAAAUCGUCCAUCACUCCACUACGGGACUCUCCCCUUCGAUCACCACUACUAUUAUUACUACUACUACUACUACUCUUCCACCAACCACCACCACUACCACCAUCACCACCACCAACCACCAACCGAAUCAAUCGACCGACCACCGGGUGUUGUUGUGCUCCACCUUCUUCGACUCUUCGUCUCAGCUUUAGCCUAGGGGGACGGCAGCACACAUCGAAUCAAUCGCCAAAAACCAAAAAAUUCGCCACCGUGAGAAAAAUGUCACCCGCAACCGGCUGCCAACCACCAGUUCGUGAACCAAUCGCGAUGCAAAACUAUAGAAAGAAAAAAAAGAAUUAAACCGUCUGUACAGUAAUUCUGUUCAUCGGCGCGACUCUCCAUUUGACUACGAUCGACUGUCUUCCCGAUUGUUCGUCGUUUCGAGACCGACGUUUCUAUUCUGCCACUGCCACUAGUAUUACCGCUACUGCUACUUCUACCACUACUGCUACUGCCACUACUCGUCGACCAUCGAUUAGGGACGUGUGUUAGCCGCAACAACAACUGAAUGCGCGAGAGUUGCCACCGAGAGAUCUUCUCGACCUUCGACUUCGAGCGAUCACGCAAAAUAAGCGAAAUGAUCACCACCUACUACACACCAUCCCACCACCACCCACCAACCAACCACCACCAACUACCACCACAUGUUCACAGUUAUCUGGUCAAGAUCUCGCAGCCCCCGCAGGAGGUCAUUGAGUCGAAGCCGCAGCCGAGAUCGCCGCUCGCGUUCGGAUUCCCGUGACAGACGGUA